AACACAGGACGAUCGCGUCAACAUGAUAACCUGCUGGGUGCUGGCCGGUGUGUUCGGUGCCGUUGUGUUGCUCUACGGUCUAAUCGAGAUCCACUACUUCCUGCGCAUGUUCCUCACCGUGUUUCUGGCGCGUUUCUGCAAGAAGAAGGUCCACAUCCUCGACGAGACCACUGUCUUCGGCAUUUGCACCACCACGGACGUGGAUACGUUGCUUUAUCACAUGAACAACGCGAGGUAUCUUCGCGAACUUGAUUUCGCCAGAGCGGAUUUCUACGAAAGGACGAACCUAUAUCGGGAAAUUUGUUCACAAGGGAAAGGAGUCGUCCAAGGCGCGGCGACCAUCCGUUAUCGCCGUUUCGUAAAACCUUUGUCUAUCUACAAAAUAACUUCGAAGAUAAUAUAUUGGGAUGAGAAGUCCGUGUUCAUGGAGCAUCGGUUCAUCACACCCGGCGAUGGGUUCGUCAGGGCCAUCGCGAUUUGCAGACAAAGGCUUUUGGACUGUAGCGCCGAGGCCGUGAUCGGUUCUCUCAUGGAACGCGGCGUCAAGCAGAAUGGUAGCGUUGAGGCAGGUGUAACGCAGAUACCUCACGUAAGGCCGCAGAUACCACCGGAGGUUGCCAGGUGGUUGGAGAGCAACGAGAUCUCGUCGGCGCUUCUUCGUCAAAGCCCGUCGGAGUCGACGCGUUGCUGACAAAAGGAGGAUGCGGCGUCCACGGCGAAUGGCGUCGUCGAUUCUACUUCCGUCUACGCAACUACGACUGUCUAAGGUCGAUGACUUCGAUCGCUAAUCUCGCUUUAGAUCGUGACAUCCUUUCGUCGUCGUUUCUUGUCUCGAACGGGACAUACGUGAUAGCUUCGAAUCAAUUUAUUGGGUGAACAAUUUUAAGGGGGAUAUGUUAAGUUUGAAGCAUUUAUAAAACUGGAAGGACGACGAGGCGGUCGAGUCAAGGAUUAAGGGUGAACGGUCGAUCGCCCACGGUGCUCGAAAGUUGAAUGUCCGCGUGCCUAGAAAUUGAUUCAAUGUUACUCACUGCGUGUCUCGCAAGCGUAAACAUACUUAUUAUUUAUAAGGCACGGUUCGGGCUUUUUCAUAUGGACUCGAUGGUUACGGAUGUGAAAUAGGGAUCUAGAGUACAAACGCUAGAUAGAUACGUGAAAGACUAUUUUACUAAUGUAACAGUGUUCGCGUGGUUAUCAGACGGAUCUGGGAAACCUAUUAUUCGAUACGUCGACGAAUUCUAAGAAUUUCGGAAUGGCUAGUGAGAAGAACCUGCCGUGGAGCAAAGCGCCACGAGGUGACUGUCGACAGUUUACUCCAAAGAAGCUUCCGAAACUAGUGAGAAUGGACUCGUGAUUGUUGAAUGUUCGCCGUUGAAAGUAAUUGCGAGAUGCAAGAGGCGUUAUUUACAUUUUUUAUUAUAGAUUAUAUAUAUAUUAUAUACAUAUAUUUAAAUUCUUUGGCGACUGGUCUCGGUAACCGUAAUGUUUCUCACGGGAGGAAGUCGGACGAACUGUCUUCAUCGAUUUCGAUUAACUUCGAUAACACGUUGCACAAUUUUUUUUUCAUACGUAUGGACAUUCAAAUGAUAAUGAUUGAGCUCAUCAAUUAUUGAAAGUACAUUUUAUUUACUAGUUCCUGUAUUAAAUACGAGUGGUGAUUUUAAAUCUGUUUUUUAUCCUGAUUACGUUUCUACCAAGGGGCUUCCGGCAAUUAUCAGUUGGAGAUAUGUAUACGACGUAAUUCGUGUGUGAUCGAUUUUUUUUAAACGCUAUAUGCUCGUUACCGAUGCCACUCGCGUGGGAUAAUCCUUAAUAACGUGUACUCCACUUGAAUUUCCAAAGUAAAUUGAUAAAUCGUAGUUUGGUCAUAUAAAAGUAGCCGACGACGUGGCUUAGCGAGUCUCGUACAGUUUAAAAUAGCAUUACGCACGUUAAGACGUUGUUCUAUAUCUUUAGAUAGUAAUAACGUCGCUCUUGUCGAAAUAAUACUAUGUUGAAAACCAUGUCGUUCGACGAUACUGUCCAGGAUGAGAAAAUAAAUGUCCUCUAGAUUACCAACA